GGAAAUUGUCGUGCUUAUUUUACUGCUUAAUUCUGAUUGGCGGAGCAACGGCUUCUCCGCCGAGGUGGGAGUUUCCAUUGUAUUCGCGUCCGCAGGUUUCUUGAUCCCAUGAAUGCAAACCACCUCAGUCACUCCUUCAUGAUGAGACAUUCAUAGGUCUGCUGGUGGGAAAUAUGGUCAAAUCUUGGAGUGUCAUCUCCGUCUUAGUGGCUUUGGUAGCCCUUUUGUUCACGUUCGUUCCAUCAUGGCGGCCGUCUUUCUUUUCAGGACCGCAGCCACUCUCUGAAGAACAAGUUCGCAUUGAAACCCUCGCUGCAGCACAGCACUACACAUACACCACCGUCCUGGAUGAUCCGGCUGUGGUGUAUCUGGACGAUUUCCUGUCCUCAGCAGAGAUCGACCAGAUUCUCAACAUCAGUACGCCUCUCUUCGUGCCUUCACAAGUCUACAGCCCAGAUGAGAACGCGCCAAAACACCGAACGUCCUCUUCCUGCUUCCUUCCUCCGGAGAGCGAGCUGGCUUCUGUGAUCAAUGCUCGAGCUCUACAAUUCCUAGGGAACAUGACCAAUACAGGUCCCCCACAUGCGCCUGACAUUGCUGAACCGCUGUCAUAUUAUGGUCUGGAGAAGAUUCAACUAGUAAAAUAUCUUCCAAGUCAAUACUAUCAUCAUCAUAUGGACUGGUUCGAUACACUGAUGCGGGACGAGUCUUCUGCAGGUCGGGGUCGUUACUACAAUCGUGUCGCAAGCUUCUUCAUAUAUCUUGACGACAGUUGCACUGGUGGAGGCACAGAGUUUCCAGAGUUGCAGUUUGACAUUGAAUCUCUAGAUGAGAGCGGUGCAAGAGGGUCAAAGGAGUUCUGGCAGGAGAGAAUCGAUUUCGAACGGCAGGCACAAAAUGGUGAAGAGAAGGGCUCUUCAGGCAUAUCAUUCAAGCCAAGAAAAGGCUCUGGCGUGUUUUGGGUGAACCUGUUGCCCAUUGGUUACGGCGACGAACGACUUAACCACGCUGGCCUGCCUGUCGAACAGGGGCACAAGGUGGGCAUGAACAUUUGGGUCAAGAGGGAUUUUGGAUGGUAAAACCCCUCAAUGCGAUGGUGGCGACUGUGGGCUGCUAUAGACAUAGAAGGUACGUUGCGACCAUGUACAUUACAGUUGUAUCAAGCCAUUAUGGUAUGACAAUCUUACGUAAUCAGGUGCGUGCAAAAGUACCACCAUAAGGAUCCCCUCGAACCGUGUCAGCCUUGUGCCU